AUGUCGUCUGGGUUCGUUUCCGGAGGGACCACGGAGGAGCCAGUGAAACGUGACGAUGAAUGGCUUCGUGUGCAACAAGAGCUGGAGGAAGAACGUAGACGGAAAGCUGAAUUGGGAAAACAGGAUGGAGGAAAGAGUCUGUAUGAGGUGCUACAACAGAACAAGAUGGCCAAACAGGAUGCCUUUGAAGAGAAGAUAAGGUUAAAAAACCAGUUCCGGUCUUUAGAUGAGGAUGAGGUUGACUUUCUUGACUCUCUUCUUGAAUCUACCCGUGCUCAAGAAGCCGCAGUGAAGAAAGAGACGGCUGAACAGCUGGAAGAAUUCCGCCGCCAGCGCGAGCAGGCCGAAAAAGACGAGCUCGAGGGCACGUCUGUAGAUGCUGGUCUACCUACCGAGGAGGAACAAUGGGCGAUAUCUUCACGGAAACGAAGACGCGAGAAAAACAAAGACCUGCUUUUUGCGGGGAAGAAACGCAGAUCGGUUCCCGCAGAUACGUCCGGAGAAACCUCCUCUUCUCCAAGUGACCAAAAGAAA